AUGAUCCGAUACGCAAGUCCAUUAACGCAAGUCAUUAUAGUUGCUUUGGUACUCUUCUUAACCUCUGGCAUGUUUAACGCAUUAAAUGGAAUGGGCGGUGGUGGUCAAGUAAAUACAGAAGUUGCAUCGAAUGCAAAUGUAGCAUUAUAUACACUUUUUUCAGUCGGAGGUUUCGUCGCGGGAGGAAUUGUAAAUAUCAUUGGACCAAGAAUAGCAAUGGCUAUAGGCGCUAGUGCUUAUGCAUUGUAUGCUGGUUCUUUAUUGAGUUAUAAUCACAAUCAAAACAGUGGUGCAGCAUUGGUAUGGACAGGACAAGGUGCAAUCCUUACCUCAUAUCCUUCCGAACAGAAUAAAGGAAAAUAUAUUGGAAUUUUCUGGGCAAUAUUCAACACGGGAGCUGUUCUAGGUUCCAUUCUUCCGCUGGCUUUAAACUGGCAUUCAACAGCUGGAUCCGUCAAUGACGGGACUUAUAUUGGUUUCCUUAUUUUGAUGAUUUUUGGUUCUUUUUCGGCCCUUGCACUUCUUCCACCAAGCAGAGUGUUUCAUAAGGAUGGACAUCCGGUACAAGUUGAAAAAUUUCCAACAUGGAAAACUGAAACCAUUGAAAUAGCUAAAUUGCUUUUGGAUUGGCGGAUGAUUGCUUUAACGCCAAUGUUUUUGGCUAGUAAUUGGUUUUAUGCUUACCAGUUUAACGACGUAAACGCAGCCUACUUCGACGUGCGAACACGUGCUUUUAACAAUUUAUGGUACUGGUUUUGUCAAAUUAUUGGCGCCACAGCGUUCGGAAUAUUUCUCGAUACCGCAUUUCUAACGCGUCCCAAGCGAGCUCUUUACGGACUUGGCAUAAUAUUUGUAUUUACCACAGCGACUUGGAUAGGAGGUCUUAUAUUCCAAUUGAAAUAUAAAAGAGGCGAUAAAAUAGAUAGAGAUCUUUUUGAUUCUGGAUAUGGUGGCGAGCUGCUUUUAUAUAUGGUUUAUGGAUUGAAUGACGCGAUGUAUCAGUGUUAUGCAUAUUGGAUCAUGGGUGCAUUAACUAAUGAUACGAGUAAAUUAUCGCGAUAUAAUGGCUUUUAUAAAGCAGUGCAGUCGGCAGGUGCAGCAAUAUCAUGGCGAAUUGACGCUGUGGGGACUGCAUAUCUCACACAACUGCUAAUAUGUUGGGCGCUGCUUACUGUAUCCAUACCUAGUAUGUUUGCUGUUAUUAUAACUGUUAAAAACACGAAUUAUAAUUUGGAAGAAGUUGAUAACGAGGUGGUGUUAGUUGAACAGAAAAAGUACGAAAUGGGUUGA